CCGCUCACAGCCAAUGGAGAGACCCGGCCGAAACUGAGAGGCUAGCUCGCACCGGGCUUUUUCGCCUGGUGAUUGAUGUCCCAGAGUCAACAGCGAGCGAGCAGCCGGUGAGGGGAAGGAGCCGCAGGAGAGGGGAAGAAUACGGCGCCCCCUCUCUCCUUCCCCUCCCCCCCCCCCCCCACUUUAGCCCUUCUGCGCACUUCGCCUCCAAGUCUCCACGCAGCCAGGAGCCGCUGCCGCCUCCGCGCCGCCGCGCGCUGUCCCCGAGCCAAACACAGCGAGUGCCACCGCCCAGGCCCCCCCCGCGGGGCCGGGGUCGGGGGCCAGCAUGGAGCACCUGGGUCCUCACCAUCUCCACCCGGGCCACGCGGAGCCCAUCAGCUUUGGCAUCGACCAGAUCCUCAACAGCCCAGACCAGGGCGGCUGCAUGGGGCCCUCCUCGCGCCUCCAGGACGGAGAAUACGGCCUUGGCUGUUUGGUUGGAGGCGCCUACCCUUACGGCGGCGGGGGCCCGGCAGCCGGGCCGGGGGCCGGGGGCGCGGGGGCCUAUAGCGCUGGAGGCCCGAGUGGCCCCGGUGGCCCGGCGGGCGGCGGCGGCGGCGCCUGCAGCAUGGGCCCACUGGCCGGCUCCUACAACGUGAACAUGGCCUUGGCGGGCGGCCCCGGUCCCGGUGGCGGCGGCGGCGGCGGCGGGGGUGGCGGCGGCGGGGGCGCGCUGAGUGCUGCGGGGGUGAUCCGAGUGCCUGCGCACAGGCCGCUAGCUGGAACAGUGGCCCAUCCUCAACCUCUGGCUACCGGUUUACCCACCGUGCCCUCCGUGCCUGCCGUGCCGGGCGUCAACAACCUCACCGGCCUCACCUUCCCCUGGAUGGAGAGUAACCGCAGAUACACAAAGGACAGGUUCACAGUGGCCCUCUCACCCUUCACUGUAACACGCCGUAUAGGUCACCCCUAUCAGAAUCGGACGCCCCCCAAGAAGAAGAAGCCGCGCACGUCCUUCACGCGCCUGCAGAUCUGCGAGCUGGAGAAGCGCUUCCACCGCCAGAAGUACCUGGCCUCGGCCGAGCGCGCCGCCCUGGCCAAGGCGCUCAAAAUGACCGACGCGCAGGUCAAAACCUGGUUCCAGAAUCGGCGGACUAAGUGGAGGCGGCAGACCGCGGAGGAGCGUGAGGCCGAGAGGCAGCAGGCAAACCGCAUCCUCCUGCAGCUGCAGCAGGAGGCCUUCCAGAAGAGCCUGGCUCAGCCGCUGCCCGCGGACCCGCUGUGCGUGCACAACUCCUCGCUCUUCGCCCUGCAGAACCUGCAGCCGUGGUCUGACGACUCGACCAAGAUCACCAGCGUCACGUCCGUGGCGUCGGCCUGCGAGUGAGCCUAUCUGCUACUCUCUGAGAGACCCGAGACCCGGGCCCAGCCAAGGGGUCUCGAGGCCCCCGAGAGCCGGGACUCUAGCCCGCCCUCCGCCGCAGACUGCACGCCUCCGGGGAUCGCGGCGCCCCUCCGCACCGGCCCGCGCGCUCGCGCCGGCGCCGUUCUCUUUUGGGUGGAAAAGAAGAAGAGAGCGCGCAGGAAAGGGACGCGCCGCCGUCUCCCAGAUGCCUACGCGGUCCCGCGCCUGCUGGAACUCUUCAGAGUCCUCCAUUUGCGUCUAUUUUAUUUUAUUCUGAUUUUUAACGUGAGACUGAGAGAGGCAGAAGAGGUGGUGGAAGAAGAGCUGGUGGGGUCCCUAGAGGACAGCAUGAGCUGUCAUUUGAACUUGCCCUGGGGAGACCCCCUUCUCUGUUCUCCACUCCCCGUAGUAGCCGGCCCACACGGAGGUGAUUUCACUGUCCCUCCUGGUGUCUCCCCACAAUCACGCACAGGGGCCCUAUGGCAGAGUGUCUUGCACACACAGGGUCAUAGCCUUCACCCCCUUGGCCCAUUCGAUCAGGGGUGGCCCGGAGUCAUUCUGAACAGCAUGGCACUUCUCACCAAUAGAAGGCCACAGCCACACUGUGACACACCAUCGCACACACAACAGCCACAACAGCAUCACUUGGCCUGCCAGACCCCUAUCACACACCCUAGCCGCACCCAGGUACGCACAGGCAGGUUUCCACACAAAAAGCCUAUUUCUCCAGAUCCUGUUCGUAGGGGGGGUUUAAGUUAUGCACUUAUAAGGUGUUUUCUGUGUAACCUUUUUAUAAAGUGCUUGUGUAAUUUAUGUGAAAAAAAAUAAUAAAACCCUCCGAAUCCGGA